AUGUUGGGGCUCUCGUAUUGGGUGGUCCCCAUCUUCUCCGCAGUAGUAUGGACUGCUAUGCUCAUCACCAUGCUGGUGUACUGGGCUGCCACCGGCAAACCCCAUUAUGUGACGAUGAGCGACGGGCAAAACAUCCCUUACAUUUCUGACAUCGGUGCGGAUUACCUCAAAGCCAUGUUCAUUGCCAUGUCCGCCGUUACUGUCGUAACCUUCGAUCUCGCCUUCAUUUUCGAGCGCUGGUUGCGACACACCAACAAACUUGCGCCAAACACGUCUCACUGGCAGAAGAUCUACUCAGGUUGCGCAACCGUCGCCGCCAUAAUCGGUGCCGCCGGUCUGAUCCUCCUCACUAUCUUCGAUUGCAAGAACCACAACAGAUUGCAUAACAUCUUUCUUGGUGUAUUCAUCAUCGGCUACAUCGUCUCGGCAAUCUUCAUUUGCUGGGAGUACCAGCGCCUAGGCAUACACUACCGCGAGCACUCCAUCCUCCGAAUCUCCUUCUGGAUCAAACUCUUCUUCAUCAUCACCGAAGUGUGCCUCGCCAUCGCCUUUGCGGUAUGCUCCAAGCAGCACAUCUAUAACGUGGCUGCUGUCCUGGAAUGGUGUGUAUCCUUCAUCUACUGCUUCUACGUCUUCAGCUUCUUCAUCGACUUCCUACCUGCCACGCGCACCAAGAACCACCAGUCCAAGCAGACCGAGAUGCAAGUCUUUGAGGAGAGCGGCGAGACCGGACGAACCCACCCCCACCACCACAUGGGCGAUGGCGCUGCGGACAGCCAGCAAUACUACCGUGGCAACUCGCAAAUGGCCGUACCGCAAACUAAUGGUUACGCCAACGGAUACACUAAUGGCAACUCCCUUACCAAUGGUCAGGCUAACGGCUACGUAUCACACACCGGAAACGGCUACCCUAUGCCCGCGCAGGAUCCAUCCCCACUGCCCUCGCGCAACUUCUAA